UUUUUAUUGAGUGUGGUUUUCUCAAUCGUGUUCCUAAAUCAAGGCUAAAAAGUCUAUAAAAAAUUAUUGUGUGGCUUCGGUAUUCAACAUGAAGUGUAUUAUUGGGAUUUUAAUGGUCUCCAGCAUCGCUCUAGGAGUAUCAGCAAUAAGCUUUAACAGUUUCAGCAGAACUCAAAUAGAACCACGUGAAACCAGCACCUGUGAAGGACGUCAGUCACCUGGACCCAUCUGUGAAUCGUGUGAUUUAUUAUCGACCUGUGUUAAACAUUCUAAUGGUUGGGUCAAUAUACCGGUAGAAACGUGUGACACACAAAAUGGUUUCUAUUGUAAUGCACGUCUGGGCACUUGUAGCAAUGCAACCGGACCUUGUCAUCCCUUCAGUUUUGAGGGCAAUUUCCCCUGCACAUCGCACGGUGUCUUUCCGGAUCCGUACGAUUGCCAGAAGUAUCAUAUGUGCUACUUUGUCGGCCCCACUUUAGUUUCGGCCAGUGUUGAUUGUGGCAGUGACAAGGCGUUCAAUCCUGCUACCGGUCAGUGUUCCCUAACCAUAACACACUCGGUGUGUCAUGAGAAACAAUUUAAGUGCAUAAAUGCCGGUGAUGCUCAUGCUUGGCCCAUGAGUCCGAAUAUAUUUUAUAUCUGCAAGGCCACCUCGAAUCAAGAUGAACGUGUUCUCUAUCCCACUUUGUAUCGUUGCGAUGAUGGUGAAAUAUUUGAUGGUUACUUUUGUCGGGCAGCCAACGCAAAUGAACAAUUCCCCAGCAAUCCUCCCACUAAUAAUCCAAUAGUCCCUAACUCAACAACACCACCAACUGGCAUAGUGCCUACAACCAUGGCUCCCGGUGUACCUAGAGUAUGUUCGGAUGUUGGACUAUUUGCUGAUACCGAAGAUUGUCGUAAAUAUUAUUAUUGUUCGGCUAUAAGUGGUAGUUUAAAACAAAUGGUAUGCCCCUCGGGCACCUAUUUCAAUGAAGCUACUUCUUCCUGUUCUUUCGGUAGCUGUUGAUGGAGAACAUUUUUA